AUGGAGACUCUUCUGCAGGGGGGAUCGCAGGGGUUCCUCAUGGCAGGGCAAGAUCUUCUCCUGUCUCUUUUGUGCAUGUUUGGCGACUGGUACAACAGCUCUGGACAGGUGGAGCACAUCGGACGGCAGUUUGGAGAGACGAACACCUCUUACUUAAUAGAGCAGUUUGUUCAGGAUUGGCACGUCUUUUUACCUCCUCCUCACAUGAGGGCACUGCAGGUUUGCCCCAUCCUGGGAUUUGUAGCCGUCUUUUUGACCACACCCAUCAUCCUCUUCCGCAUUAUGUCCCGGGCACACCUUCGACAGCAGACACGCUACCUUCUCCUGGCCAACGCAUUGCUUAGCGACCUGAUCUUCGUGGUUUUCUACAUGCUAAUCACUUGUUUAAAUGCAGCCUCCGUACUGAUGUCGGACUUGGCCUGCGGUGCUUUUCUUUUCCUGAUGGGAGUUCUGUACAGUGCUGGUGUCUUCAGUGCCACAGCCAUAGUGGUGGACACUUCUUUGGCUAUCUUAGCACCUCUACGCUAUGCUACACUCUGGCCCACCUCUAGAACCUACGGAGUUAUCGUUGCUACCUGGGUGGUGUCUGUCUUUUUCCCUGCAGCAUCUGUGGCUCUUUUCCUCUGGUACCAUGCGACAGGUCCUUGCACCCAGCUCAUCUGCUCCCUGCCUCUUCUGCUAGUGCUAACAGUUAGCCAUUCACGUCCCCUGCAGGUCUGCAUGUUGCUGACUGUUACAGCCAUCCUGGUCAUCCUACUGCUGGUGGUAGCUGGUUACGUGGCACUGUACUGCCAUAGCAGCAAAUCUGGGGUCUGGAGACGGGAAAGAUCAUCGCGUGCUAAAGGGACCUUUCUUAUUCACUACCUCCACCUCUUCCUGUCAGUCUGUCCCAUCCUUCUACUGGUGAUCGAACUGCUCCUGUACUGCAACAGCACUGGGCUAAACCCUAGUGCUGAUCUCUGGAUCUCUCUGGUGAUGUGCAACGUCCUGCUGGUCCUACCCAAAGGCCUUGCGCCUUUCCUGUAUGGACUCAGGUACAGGGAUCUGCGUGGACCUUUGCUGGACUUCUUUGGACUAAAUAGGCCAAGGGCUAUCACACCUGUAAUGUGAUGGAUUGUGGUGCUCAUUCUGGUUGUCUUAGGACAUGUUUGAAGAGACUAUAUCUUAAGAUGUAAAAUCUCUAUGUCUUAA